AGUUCGGAAUCGAGUUUAAAGAGUCCAGAUUGGAAUCUUUCGAUGAAAAUUGGACAUAUUGCUAUUCGAAAAUGGUCGAAGGGUAUCGAAACAAGCGCGUUGUUAUAUUCAGACCCGCUCCUUUCGACAAGUGGCUCGGUUGCAUUCGGGCCAGAAAUGGCUCAAACUUCAAGGAAAUAAUUUGGGACGCUGUCAAUCUGGAGAAUAUAUAUAUGGGAUUACUACCGGCGAAUUGUCCUUUCGAGGCGAUGCUGGUCGAGAUAAAACUAGUCACAGCAGAGGCUGCGGGCGAUCUAGGAAAAGAAUAAUGCUAUCUUAUUAGUCAUGAGAUGUAGAAUAGUUGUCUAUGUUCAUCAGUACUUUUCCAUUUGACUAAUGUUUUCUAUUUCAUGCAACAAGCCUUUUAUAUAAUUAGUACAUAUGAACGCU